AUGAACACGUUAGAGGAACCGGGCGAGGAGCUCAAAACGUUCAGACCUUGCGACGAUCCAUACUGCUAUGCUAUCCUGUCCGCCGUGUGUUUCAGAAUUUUCAUUUUUAUAUGGAGUUUCCAAAUUGAACUCCUCGAGAGAAGUACUCACCAUUGAAAAGGAACUUAUUUAGUUUUGUUUUUUUGACGCAGACUUGCGGAGGACAAAAAAGUAAAAACUCCUCUGUAAAUAAUAACUAGGGCAGCGCAAGUGGCAAUUCUAGGGAAUUUUUUUCAGGAAGCUGAAGGAGGUUUGACAACAGUUUCUCGUGGAUGUCAUUCGAGGAAAUUGGUUAUGCAUCAUAUGUUUUUUGCCGAGGAUCAGGUUAAUUUCAAAUUUUUUUUGUUGCAAAGGAUCCUGAAGUGAACUUUUCCAACGGACCUGAGAAAAAAGGGGAAUGCCAUAAACUAUUCCGAGUAGAUAUAGUCAAUUCGUCCCGACUUGAAUGACGAGGGAGGCGGAGAAGUGUGAAGGGCGCGUAGCGUGUGCGUACGCGGUUCUUGGCACGCGUUUAAUUCAAACUUUACUGACUAUUUAAAAAGCUCCGUCACCGCUCUUUUUGUAUUUUUUCUACUAAUUUUCAAUGCACAAAUGAAAAAAAUCAAUAAGUUAUCAAGAAAAAAAAAUUUAUAUAAAGAGCGUUAAACAAGUUAUUCGAAUAGUCGCUGGCAGUUGAAUUGAACUCCUGCCAAGAACCGCGUACUUGUCCUGCUCUAUUCUCAAAUUUCAAGUUCGCGCGUAAAAUCGUAAAAAUGCGUACCCAACGUUAUAUCGUUGUAGGACUCACUUUUUGUUCGCCUUCCCGGAAUACCAAUUCUGACUUUUUCCUGAAAUAAUUAUAAACUAAUAAUGCGUCUAUUUUGAAAUCGCCGAAAUUACUUUGAAAACGGCGUUCUAGUCGGGAAAAAUUAGCUGUAUUAAAGAGUUUUUUUCUUCACAGUGACCACAAUCAGGCGGCAGAUGUGAACAAUGACCAUGGCAUAUUGAAAUUUCAGCGCGGAUUCUCGAAGAAAAGUACUUUGAAAGCGUUGAUAUAAAAAUAUAGUCCAAAAAAAAAACUUUUUUUUUCUUCACAGGUGGGGUUAGUUAAUCCACCUAGUGAUCUUUUUCCCUCCCUGCAACAUUAUCAUACCAUCCCGAUGUUGCGAAAAAUAAAUUGAUUGAAAUGAAAUGAGAACCCUUUUCAAAAUGUGAAAACUUGAAAAAAUGAACAUCAAAGGAGUUUUGCAGCACGCAAGCCUGCCACUCACUUGUUUUGGAACAUUUUUUUAAACAAUUUUUCGAUGUUUACUAUAAUUCGAAGUUCGAAAAACUUUUUUUCUGCAUUUUUAGAAGUUUCACAACAAUUCUCGAUGGAAAGAGACGGAGGUUCUAGCGAAGCAGCCAACAUGCGCCGAUCUGCUUUGGGACGAGCCCGCCGACAAUUCCACAACCUCUAUGUGUUUGGACUAUUCCUAUACUCAGGUGAAAAAAAAACUAAAAAUAGAUACCUGAAAAGAGAACUUUUCAUUUUUUUUUUGAAAUUUUGGCGAAAUUUCGCAGAGAUGUAAUUAGGGGCAUAGGGUCAUUAGUAACGGGGUUUGGGAUAGAAGCUCCUCAUUGCGAUUCGAACGAUCUAUUCAAAAAAGCACAGAUGUGUGUACUUUUAAAGAAAAAUGCGAUUUCAUUUUCCCGCUUUUUAACUUUUAAAUAUUCAUCUCCUUUAAAUCAAGGGUUUUUUCUGUGAAAAAAAAAAUUAAGCCAAUCGAAAAACUCACACUCUAAAAAAGGAAACACAAAGUAUCGCUAUCGAAACCUGUGUAAAAAUCGUCAUUUUUCAUCAGAAAAGCAUUUUGCGAUCAAAACUUGCAAAUUUUAUAUAAAUAGAAAUUUUUCAUUACGAAAAGGAAUGAAAACAAAUGAAAAAGUUCAAAUUUAAAAAGAAAAAAAAAAGCGAAGUCCGAUAAAUGGAUGGUACGACAAAAUCUCAAGUCCGCAAAUCUCGAGGACCGUAAUCUUGUGUACGCAGAUCUAAAGUCCCAUAAUCUUGGAAAGCAAAAAUCUUCCCUUUUAGUCUUCUUUAUUGCACUUUAUCUACUUAUAUUCUCUUGUUCGGAUCACCGAAUACAAUUUCUGAAAAAAUCUGUUCGCAAAAGCGUUGAUUUUUGCUUUCCAAGAUUGUGGUUUCCAAGAUUUUGGUCUCCAAGAUUUUGGUUUCCAAGAUUAUGGAACUUUAGAUCUGCGUACACAAGAUUACGGUCCUCGAGAUUUGCGGACUUGAGAUUUUGUCGUACCAUCGAUAAAUGACGAAGCGUCCAUAGAGCACCCUUACUGCAAAAUGCGCUUUUGGCGGUAACUCAAACUUUUCUCUCCGUCUUUGAUUUUUUUUUUUCUGGAAAACUGGGAACUUCUGUACGUUUGAAAGUUACCCUUUCGACAGAAAAGAAAAAGCUUCACAGAAUGGCAAAUUUUUUCUCUGACCCUAUUUUUUACUGCCCUUAUGUCUUUAAGGCAUGCUGAAACCGAAGAAUGAGUGAAAUUUUGUCGUAGCGCCGAGAUUCUCCCACGAAACGAUGCGGAGCGCAUUGCUGGUUUCUGCGGAACGCGCGCAAAGUGAGCUGCGGAAAGCAUUGCCUACGCAUUUUCCUUAAAAAAAAAGGUUGUUGCGUUGCGCAAAAACGUGGCUGGCGUUGCGCAAACCUUCUAAAUUCGUCCUGGCUAGCCACGCCCCUUCGGGUUCAAGAUUCUGGAACGUAAUUCACAGUAUGGAACUUUCUAAACGCUAUAAAAAGUAAAAGACAAGUGAAAAUGAUAUGUUUAUUUUCAAAUGAAAUAGUACAGUGCAUGGUACAGCAUAUUGAGGCUUAUAUACAGAUAAAGCUAGGUUGUAUGUGGCGUUCAGAAAAUGUAGAGGAUUGUUGCGCUUGAUACCUCAGCCACGCCCACUUUUUCGCUCGCGCUCCGCACCGUUUCCUGGGAGUUUGGCGACAGUCUGUUGGACGGCGCACUUCGCGAUAGCAGAUGAGUCAUAGUAGUGAUGGAAAAUAGAGCAUUUACAUUUUGAUUUAUUUGUCUCGAGGUGUAGCGAAUGAAUUUGGAAUCAAAUUAUCAAAGUGAGUAUUGUGUUUUCGAAUCAUUUUAUGAAUAUCAAGAAAUGGAAUUUAUAAAAGUUCUCUGGAAAACUGCAAUUGAUGUGUUAAAUUUUGCUGGAUUUAUGAAAAAAAAACAUGGAUUUUCAAGCGUAUUUUCAUAAAUUUCAUCAUUUGAUAGUUAUAGAAUAAUAUAAUCUGGAAGUGGGGAGCUUGCCCGAGCCAAAUUACCUUUUGUCUUGCAGCACUCAUACAGCGUGCAGAAUUUAAUCAGUAUCAAAUGAAAAUUCAAAGUUUGUCAUAUAUAAAUGAAAAUGUGUCCGAUCAUCGUCCUAAAGUAAUCAAAAAUUCAGGACGCCGAAGAUGAAGACGAACCGACGAUGUUCAAAGGCCGGCUAUGCUGUUGCAAAGGCGGCCAUCGUUGCAAUGAAGAGUUCAUGUGGAGCGACCCGGCCAUUACGAUGGUCCGAUUCAGAGCAAGAUCAUAAACUCAAUCGAUAAUUGUAGGACGAGCUGACGAAAAAGUUGACGCGAAGAGAUUCCGGUGUUUCCUCAGAAAGCCCUCGUUUCACCAAAAUCACAGUUGCAAUAAUCUUCUUCAUCGUUCAUUAUUUUAAUUGA